AGAUUGGCGAAACCUAGCGAAAACAUUUGUUUACUUUGUUUUGUUUUGAUUGUUCUGCGGGUAUCAAAUUGCUGCAAAUCAAUCACUAGAAGCGGAAUCCGUCUGUUUGUUUCAUCAUUUAUGUGAAUUUUUAAUUGUGAGUCCGCAUUCGAGUCAAGUUAUCCCGAUUUCAGUCCAUCUUUUGUGAAUAACGAAAUACCAUUUUGGUUUUCUAUACCACCAGCCAAGGAUUGCAAGCAACGAAUUUCACGUCUGACCCGAAUUUCUGCAAACUUUCUCCUUGAAUUCGAUAAUAUGGAAGUCUGUGUCGACAAUGUGGAAUCUGCCGAAAGUGCAAUCAAAGGCGGAGCUUCCAGACUAGAGCUCUGUUCAGCACUCAGCGAGGGCGGUUUAACCCCAACUGUAGGUCUCUUAACAGCUGUCAAAAGUUUCUCGACGAUCCCAGUAUUUGUGAUGAUCCGACCAAGGGGAGGUAAUGAUUUUGUCUACUCUCAACGCGAGCAAACUACCAUUUUUGUGGAUGCAACCUCUCUCAAUGAAAACGGUGCAGAUGGAUUCGUCUUUGGAGCACUAACCAAGAACAGGAAAGUGGAUGAGCACCUGUGUCAACGUGUUUUAGAUAUUGCCGGCAAAAAACCAGUCACUUUCCACCGUGCUUUUGAUCUUGUAGCCAACCCUAGUGAAAGUGUUGAGGUGAUCAUAAGGUUAGGAUUUUCUCGUAUCCUGACAUCGGGUCAGCAGCAAUCAGCGUUUAUUGGCAUAAAAUUGAUCCGAAAUCUAAUUGAACAAGCAGAUGGAAGAAUAAUCAUUAUGCCUGGAGCUGGGAUAAACAAAACCAAUCUAGAACAUAUUUUGCGUGAAACCAAAGCUGUAGAAUUUCACGCAUCCGGGCGCUACCACAAGAUUCCAAUUCUCAGUGAUGACUGUAUGUUGGAUCAAGAGGAGGACAGCAAAUUACAUCUUGGUGCAGCCAACAUAUCUCUCUACAAAACGGACGUCCAAACCGUCAUGGAUAUGGUCAGUAUUUACAAUCAGGUCAAAAGCCGAGUAUUUUGAUAAGCAAUCGCUUCACCUUGUACUUUGCCUCAAUGUUUCACGCAGGAGCAGUUUUGAAGCGGUCAAUUAAUUAAGUCUAGUUUAUGCUAGUAGAGCUCAUUGCAUUGACUUCAUCACUUGUCUUUAAUUUUUACUAUUUCUAUGUAUAGUUUGUUUUCUAUGGAAGGAAAAGUGCAUAACCAUAUUCUCUCUCUACGACUGGAUAUUGUAACGAUUAUUUUUCAUGGAUCCAGCUAAAUAAAAUACAGUCCCCAAAUCUUUUGAAUGGGAUCAUUUGAAAGUAUGUCUGCCAAACGAAACUAUGUGCAUUAAGACAUGAUGUGAACCCCGUUAUGCAUAUACUCUUAUGCGUCUUAAGGCUCAUGUCUUAAUGCACAUAGUUUUGUUUGGCAGAAUUACGUCCAUUUGAUCCCUGUAGACUCAGCCUAGACAUUUAUAUGACUGAUUUAACUGAACAAAUCAGCCUGACUACAUUUCAAGUUGCCUCUUUUUCUGUAAUAUUUUAUUUUUUUAACAGAGAACUAAACUUUGCAAUGACCUUAAAUUUUCUAUGAAUUCAUUCAUCUCAGAUUAUGAAGGACAUACUCAUAAAAUUUCAAGUUUUAGUAUUUUUUAGUUAACUACCUAUUGAAAAAAAAAAAAAAAAAAAAAAAAUUAAGCAACGUUUGAUGUAGUCGGGCUGGUUCUGAUUAAAUCCAUCCAAUUUUGCUGAAUAACUUUGCUGAUAUACUUUUAAAUAGCUCCUAAAUUUAUUUGCGGAUUAGGAUGCUCAAAUUUCCAACAUCUAUUGCUAAGUACAAACCUCAUUUCGGUCACCAAGUUGGCCCUCUGUUGCAAGUUGCAACUGGAAGAUAUCAAAAUCAAUUAAUCAGUGGUAGAAUCAUUAGAAAAACGGGAUAGCAAAUGCUAUGAAUCAGAAUUUUGAACCUACAAUGUUACCUACAAUGUGAGUUUGAGUAUUUUUGUUGUUGUUUCUUAUAUCCUUGAUCUGUUGUGUGAAAUGUCAACAUUUAAUUUUCUGAAGUUGCAAAGCCAUCAUCAGAAUACCUUUAAAGAGAAAAUAUAGCCACCCCACCAGAGGCCUAGAAGUAGCUGCAACUUUAGAUGGUUACCUACUGCCUUAUUUUUAACCCAAAAUGCCAUAAAAAAGAGGCAUCUAUUAAGAAAUGCUCCAAAUUGUUAAGGCAUAAUUAUUUUUAAACUAAAAUCAACUUAUUUUACUGUGCAAUUUGAGUAAAAUUCACAGUGCUACCAGGAAAUAGAACUAAAUAUUCAGUCGUGUUAACCAUUGUCAAUUUAAGACGAUUAUUAGGAAAUAAAACUGUAGUUAAAACUUUACCUUGUGAAACGUCAUACAUUAUUAUUUCAUGAGGCACAGAGUUUAGUGAAAUAUUUUAUUUCAUAAUUAUUCUAUGGCUCUAUUUUAUUAGUUUUAUUUUAACAUACUCAGUCAGGACAUCUGCUAUUUUCGGGUCUUAUCGUUGCUCUCUUUGAUUCUGAAACGGAGAUUUCUGGUGGGAACAUAGGAAAGCAG